AUGGCCCCAGCCAGGCAGAAAGCUCAUAACUCAGCUUUGAUUAGACGUGGCUUUUUGUUCACUCAAGAAAUUUGUCUUUAUAAAAAACACGAAGAAAUAGUAUCACAAAGAUUAAUGUUCCUCUAACCAGUGAAGAAUACAUUUGUAGAUCAAAACACAGAAAAGCCUCUUAGCUACUUAUUACUGGACUCCCUGGAUGAACAUAUUCCCAAACCCAAACUGUGUCUUUUAGGAAGAGCACCACAUCUUAUUGGUGUGAAAAAUCAAAAUAAAGAAGUAUUAAAAACUGCACUUCUGUUAGGCAGGGCCGCAAACAGCUGUAAUCCAAGCUACUAUUCAGAGGUUGAGGCCGGCCGAUCGCAAGUCUGA